UCCUUUUAAAAAUUACAGCUAUUAGUAAUCUCUAUUUUAUUAUGGAUUCGGGAAUGUCUCUCAACUGCAAGGAUUUCAGUGUUAAUAAAUGGAAAUCCGACGUAGGAAUUCUCUUCAAAAAAGCUGAGUGUGAAGGGCUUUUGAGAGGGGUGGAGAUUGGAAGAGGAGGGGUGGUGUUGUCGCUAUUACAAUUUGCAGAUGACACAGUUUUCAUAGGGAUGGCUGAUGCAGAAAAUGUUAGAGUUGUGAAAGCUAUCUUGCUUUGUAGGAGGAAAUCUGGGGAGGAAAAAGUUUUGGAAGUCGGUGCUAGAUCGGUUUCAUCAGAAGCUUGCCACUUGGAAAAGCCCACUACUGUCCUUUGGAGGCUGGAUUACCUUAAUAAACUCGGAGAUGGUUUAGAUAGCUUGUGGAAGAGGGUGAUUUGGGGAAAAUAUUAUGGGCGUAGGAGGGAGAGGGAUGCUACUUCCGUUGAGUGUUUGAAUAUGUCUCAGAUAUGGAAGGAUAUUAUGAGUUUGGGUAGUAGAUCAGAACGAUUAUUGAAGAUGUUAAUAAGGGGUUUUAAGUGGGAAGUUGGGGAUGGAAGUUGUGUGGAUUUUUGGAGUGACAAAUGGGUGGGGGAUAAGUCUUUGAAGGAGUUAUAUCCUAGGUUGUUUGUGUUGGCUAUAAGGACGGAAGGAAUACUUAAGGAUAUGGGUGUUUGGUGUGGAGUAAAUUGGGUUUGGGAUUGUAGGUGGAGAUGUGGAUGUAGAGGGAGGGCAGUAGAAGAGGAAGAACAUUUUCGGGCAAUGAUCAAUGGAUUUAAGUUAAGGAUAGAUAGGGAGGAUUCUUGGAAAUGGGUGCAUAGUAGUGAUGGUUGUUAUUCGGUGAAGGCAGCAUAUGAGUUUCUAACACCAAAUUCUAGUUUUUUUGAAGAGAAAUGGGCUAAGGUGAUUUGGAAUAGAUAUGUUCCUUCUAAAGUAAAUGUUUUUGGGUGGAGAAUGUUUUUGAAUAGGUUAGCGACUAUAGACAAUUUGUGUAAGAGAGGAAUUGUGUUGUCAGGGAGCGAUAUGGGGCCAAGGGAGUGCAGGGAGGCUAUUGUGCAACAUCGCAAGAAUCUAAAGAGUGCUAAGAAAUUGCAACGGGAAGCAAUCUGGAAGAGUGCUGAUCAGGACAGGUAAAGCUCGUGCAAUGUGUGUUUUGGUGGUUUUUUACUGUUGGUUUUUGGGUGCUGGAAGCUUGACUAAGCUGCAGAUGCAAUUGUAUGCUGUUUUUAUGCUUCUUUGUUUCGGUUCUACUAUGUUUACAUGAUGGCUCUAUUUGAUGUUUUAAAAUUUUGUGAUAUAGUGCAUCUUUGAUUAGUAUAAAUGGGCAAGAGUACCCCUUGUGCUCUAUAUAAUAAAAUUUGUUUUUGCUG